UCGACAGGAUAAAAGGCUCGAUGUUGCCCAUCCCUGGGCGGAACUUUGUUAGGCUGUAUAUCCGAAGCAAUCCAGAUCUCUAUGGGCCCUUCUGGAUCUGUGCCACCCUCGUCUUUGCCAUCGCCAUCAGUGGGAACUUCUCCAACUUCCUCAUCCACUUGGGCGACAAGACUUUCCAUUAUGUCCCCGAGUUCCGGAAAGGCCUCCUGAACGCUGCUCCACGAGCCGGCAACGGUUGUGCCUUGCAUAGAGACUCAUAAUCACGAAUUACGCAGCAGAGCUGGGACUGAGCCCACCUUCAGGUCACUCAGGGCACGGCUGCCAGGCCCUUCUUCCCCUUUUGUCUUUGUACACGGGGCGAGCAGGGAGUGCUAGUGGCUGAAAGGAGGUAGGGUGGCAACCCACAGCCCAGAGCGUGGUUUUCUGUAUACAUUAGGUGUUUAAUGUUUGCUGACUGACCCAAUGAUUCCCCGCCAGUGACUGGGAAGUUCUGACGCUAAGAAUAAAUACACUUAUAGACAAUCAUAUUGAGAACAACCCUUCACCGUGCUCCCUCCUAAGGGCCAUGUCCGGGGCUGUGGGCUCCCUUGUCUACUUCUAGUCCCAGCUGACCACCGCUCUCGCUUCU